AUGAAGUUCAACAGCAGUACCCUUUUCACUGCAAUUUUCGCUGUUCUGGCAUUUGCCUCACACGCAUCAGCAGCAAACGCCUUCAGGGACACAGAAGAGAACGUUUAUGAGAACACACACCCAUGGCCAAAUGUCAAAUCAUCGCAGGCUUUGGGCGCCAAACUCUCAAGGGACGAACCCAAACCUUUAUCUCCAGCCCUUCAACUUUAUGGCAAGUGUAUCGAGUAUUGCUACGAGACGGCCCGCUACACGGUGCUUCGGGAAGGAACCUGGUCAGGGGAGAAAUGCCCGGUAGCGUGCCAGGAGGAACCGAACUACCUCGAACGAUCCACCGAAACAUGGCGGACGCUCUUCGCGUUGGAGGCGCAGGAUUGUGAGAGGGCGGCAUCGAACUUCGUGGCGGUCCAUCCUCGUGGUGCGGUGUCUCUGCCAGGUCACCUGAAGGAUCUAGGGUGUGCUUAG